CAGUCUGUCUACUGGCCAGCAUGAGUGUCCAUUUGGGGGGCUGUCAGAUCCCUGUGGCAUUGUACUCCAGUUGUCCACCACCCCCAACAUCUGGUACUGGCUGUCCGCACAGUGGGGGCGCUCAUCUCACGUUUGCUGGGAGGAGGUGGCUGGGCUGUGGGUGGAGGUCUAUGGGAGGGAGGGAUGGCUGCUUGGAGAUGUGCAGGGUUUCUUUCCUGUCACAGCCACAUGGCAUGUACCGCAUGCUGACCUGGAUGGAGGCCCCAAGGCCUCUGUGUGUACAGAGCUGCUGUGGUUUUCAGAGAAGUUCCCUGGAUUAUGUGCUAGCAGGGGCAUGCUCUUGCUUGUGCCCUGUCACCAAGUAGGUGGUCUAGGCCAGCCCAUCUGGGUCACUCUGCCCCUUUCCGUGGCUCAGAGAUGCCCCCUCUAAAUAUAGCCCAGGGAAGUGAGCUCAGACCUAUUUUAAGACCAGGUUGGGAGGCAGCCAGGCCUUUCCCAGGAUCCUAAAGGAGCCACUGCUGUCUUUGUCCAGUUCUGCUACUGGGCCCCUGACUAUACCUAUCAACUGCCAUGCCUGAGGAGACCCAAGAAGGUAGGAGAGGGUAGCCACGGGGGAGGACAGGGUUCUAUGGCCCUAUGGCUCAUGGAGAGACCUCACGGCCUUGAGUAGUCUUUUCAUAGCUCUGUUCUAGGGACCAAUGCCCAUGCACAAAGAAUGGACCUGCCAUACCUAGAAUUCCUCCCUUUUUCAGGUCCUGACGCAGUUUUCCUUGCUAUGGGCUAGGGGGAGGGAUCCCAGUGGGUCAACUCUACCCAAGUGGGUGUGGGCAUCUGGGCAGCUGCCAAGCAGUUCAGCUCUUCCUUCAGCAAAGACGCUACGAUUGGGGGGCAAAGUGGUUCCAGGAAGCAUUUCAACAUCUGGCCCAAGGACUGGGAAGUAGACAGGCCUCUGGCCUGUCCUAACCAGAGAAACGCCCUGUCCUCUACCAAGGGGGAAUGUGUACCUUUUAUGGGGAGGGGGUGGUGACGGCAAUGACUGAACUGUAACAUCUACCAUGUGUUUUUGUCUGUAGCAAAUAAAAUAUGUUCACAUAUAAGGCAUGGGAGAAGCAGUGAAGUGAGAGGGUAUUUAAUGUGACCUCGCUUCAUCAGCCAGGCUUAAGGACUGACGGCAUCUGCUUUGGUUUGACUUGCUCAAGAGCAUGUCAAGGUGCAGCUUCAAGCAAUUAGAGGGCCCAGAGCCAUCCUUACCCAGUGCCCCUGCACACUGUUACCUAUCCCUCUGCAGGCACCUGGGGCUCCUGUGGAACCAGAACAUCCAAUAGAAGGCCUUGGAGGUGCACACUUGGGAGGCAGAGGCAGGAGGAUCUCUGUGAGAUCAAGACACGGCGUUGCCAAUGCAGGACCAGAGGAGCAGGGGAACACUAGUUCCUAACCAUGUGCAGGAGGUGCGUCUACACAGAGUGGAGUCCAUCAGUGACCUGCACAGUGGAGGUUCACUACGGCCCUAUCUGGCUGAAGAGGCACAGACGUGGCAAGGGCUUCUGGGUGUCUUGCAGCCAUCACUGUGCACCCAAGCUGGUUGCAGCCCCAUGUGUGGCCAUGGGGGGUUUCUACUGCUAUUGGCACUGCUGGUAUUCACCUGCCUGGCACUAGCUAUCCUGGCUGUCUACCUAAGUGUGCUGCAGAGUGAAUCCCUGAGGGUCUUGGCACACACACUGCGCACUCAAGAGGAGACUCUGCUCAAAUUGCGCCUGGCUAGCCUCAGCCAGCUAAGGAGACUCAACUCCAGCGAAGCUCAGGCACCCAGCUGAGAUGCCAUUUGUGAGACGCACGGCGCAAGGGGGAUAAAGGGACCUUUGGCAGUUCUCUGCUCUCCCGUUGGUGAGAUUUUUAUACAAGAGCCUGAUGUGACUCAACAGCUGUCUGUCUCUCUUGACCUCUUCAGGCUAGGCCUGACUAAGCCUUCUGGUGCCAAGGCCCUGCUUUGGAUAGCCAAAGGUCAGAGGAUGGGGCACCAGCCUCCUCCUGGCUCCUUCUAUGGCCUGUCAGCACCCUCUGGCUACCCCCAGAUAGGAGAUUCAGAAGUCUAGAAAUAGCUGUCCCUGCUUAGCCACCCACUCUGCCAGGUCUCCUAGUGGGGGGUCCGGUCUCAGCUCUCAGACAAGCUAGGCUGAGUUGGGGGUGGGGGACCACAUUGGCAGAGACUGCCUUGGAGGACAAAGGUGAAACAGAUCUAGCUGGGGCCAAGCCUAGGGUGGUAGAGGGAAGUCAAGCAAAAAACUCAGGAUAAACGUCAUGGGGAAUAAGUACUGUUUAAUUCUCUCUUAUUUUUAAAAACCAGCACACGCAUCCAUUCUAGGCAGCUUUGCCUACCCCAUGCCAUGGUGGACAUGUGCCAGACCCCCAAAGGAAGUGACCCUAGGGGGCAAAGUCUAAAAAAGUAAAGGGACAGUCCUUCCUCACCUGCCCCUCAGCUCUGGGACCAGCACACAUUUGGUUUCACCUGAGACAGGAUGAGGCCAUAGCCACAGGGCUGAGUGCAGACACAAAGGGCAGAGUCUUAAGUGUCCCGAUCCCGUGCCCACCCCCCACUUGUCUAUUUUUGGUUUCAUCAUUGAAAAAAAAAUAAAGUGACAAUUGCUGGCGGGA